CGGAGGAACAUUCAGUUCUAGUCCGCACGCACAGCAAAGGGGGAGUUCCUCCAAAGAUUAUUUCCCACCCUCUUUCUCUCUUUCCACCCAGCUAGCUCGAUCUAGAACAAGUCGUGAGUCACCGAACCGGACCUACGACGACCCACAAACACACUCCUGAUGUUGUGAGCUGCCCUGUCGUCUCUCUUGCUCGGUGCUUGUCAACUUGUUCGGUCGCCAUCUUCUUCCGCCACAAGUCGACAGUUGAUUUUUCAACACUUUUCACUUGAUUGUCUUUUUCCCUCGAUUGGAGAUGCCCGAGGACGUCGGACCAGCUAAACCUGGCGGAGUCAUCGCCUACAUCUCCUCAGGCUCCGCCUCCAGCCCAGAGUCCUGCAUGAGUACCAGCCCAAGCGCCAGCGGUGGCGGCUUCAUGUCCACGUCUCCCACCCCACCCCGCUCCUCGUUGCCCAGCAGGGCAGUGGGCAUGGUGGUAGACAUCGCCCCGCCGACCAAAAGUGGACCCAGAGCCGGAAGUGGCGUGGAGAAAGCGGGCCGCUCCUCUGCAUCCACCAAGAGCAGCAUCACCAAAAUCAAUGGCAUGGUGCUGCUGUGUAAGGUGUGCGGAGACGUGGCCUCAGGAUUCCAUUAUGGCGUCCACGCGUGCGAAGGUUGCAAGGGAUUCUUCCGAAGGAGCAUCCAGCAGAACAUCCAGUACAAGAAGUGUCUCAAGAUGGAGAACUGCACCAUCAUGAGAAUCAACAGGAACCGCUGCCAGCAGUGCCGCUUCAAGAAGUGUCUGGCUGUCGGGAUGUCCCGAGAUGCUGUCAGAUUCGGGCGCAUUCCAAAGCGGGAGAAGCAGAGGAUGCUGCUGGAAAUGCAGAACGCCAUGAACAACAUGAUGAGCAGCAACAGUCAGCUGCACAACAUGCUGCAUGGCCACCAGAGCCCCCCACUGCCCAGCGACACCAGUCCCUCGCUGUCCUCCUCAUCCUCCUCCUCGUCCUCCUCCCUGUCUUCAGACUCCCCGUCCUGCUCCAACCCGUCCUCCCCUCAGUGCCCCCAGGACGCAGAGUCGGUGGUCUCAAUGGACACCAACUCCAGCUCCGCCUCUUCCUGCUCGUCGGACAGCGGCGAGGAUGAGGGGGGCAUGGGCAGGCAGCACCACAAUGCCUUUGAGAGGACCCAGCACCAGGAACGCCAGGCCUCCCCAUCGCCUGUCGUCACAGAGACAGCGACUGGCUCAGACAGCUGCAUGGAUGCGUCUCAGCAGCAGCAGCAGCAGCAGCAGAGCUGGAACUGCUGGAACAAUGAUGUGGUGAUGAGAGGCUACCAGGACAGCUCGUACAGCAACAACCAACACGUCAGCAACGUCGCCUUCAAUGACGAGAGGCGAGAGUGCCCGCAGCAGCUUGGCGGCGGCCCCAGCUGUCCAAUGGACGCCCACCGACAGCGGGCUUACCACAACGGACCAAGCAACAGCAGAGCACACCUGGUGUGUCCCAUGAACACCUCCCCCUACGUGGACCCCAGCAAGCCCAGCCAGGAGAUCUGGGAGGAGUUUUCCAUGAGCUUCACCCCUGCUGUGCGGGAGGUGGUGGAAUUCGCCAAGAGGAUCCCAGGCUUUCGUGACCUCCCAGAGCAUGACCAAGUGGGCUUGUUGAAGGCGGGAACCUUUGAGGUGCUGAUGGUCAGGUUUGCCUCUCUCUUCAACAUGGCCGAACGCACGGUGACCUUCCUGAGCGGCAAGCACUACAGCCUGGACACGCUCAGGUCACUCGGCGCCGGCGAGCUGCUCACUUCCAUGUGUGAGUUCAGCGAAAAGCUAAUGGCGCUGAGACUGGACCAGGAAGAGAUGAGCCUAUUCACCGCUGUGGUACUCGUCUCCGCCGACCGCUCGGGCAUCCAGGACCUGAAUGCCGUGGAGGCCCUGCAGGACAAACUGAUUCGGGCCCUGCGGAACCUGGUGAUGCAAAACCACGGCGAGGAGGCUGCCACCACCUUCACUAAGCUGCUGCUCAAACUCCCCGAACUGCGUUCCCUCAACAACAUGCACUCUGAGGAGCUCCUCUCCUUCAAGGUGCAUCCGUGAUGACUUCCUAGGCCAUGCCCGCCCAGCCCGGGCUCCACCCCUUACCACACCAACCCACCCACCUCUCUGCAUCUGACCAACCCCGUUGUGUGUUUAUUUUGCGGAAUGUAUUACAAGUUGUUUUGUACUCUAUUUUUGUGUGAAGUGGACCGCGCGGGGUCCAGAGAGAAGAACAGUACUGUAUUUAUGGAGACAAGCUGACGUUGUUGCAAACAUGGAGGCACUUUUCUACUUUCAGCAGGAAGAAGAAACUCAUCUUUGCUGUAUGCAAUGAUUGAAAGUAUCUGCAACGUUUUAUUUAGUUUCUUUUCAUUUCCUCCAGAAGCCAUUUAAUGUAAAAAAAAUGCGAGUGAAUGUGAAACGCAAAACUUGCAUGUUUAUUUGCUCUUCGAGAGGCUUGCUAGCUAGCCAGGAAGCUAACGGCUAAUGUGACGAAUGUGCUGCUAAUGCAUGGCUAAACUUCUCCUCUCGCCUCACCACGCACCAUCUUCCUUUGUGUGCGUGUGUGUGUGUGUGUGUAGUGUUGUACUCUUUUUACUUUAGUGUUUUUUUUGUAGCCUCUGCGCCACCUUGCUCGCGCUUGGCCUGAUUUCUGGAACACUACAUUCGCACAAAUUCACGUUAAAUCCACCACCAGUGUCAGGGCGAGGUUCCACGGAGGUGAAGCAUAAUCAUAAGUAUAUUUUGUGUUUUCUAACUUUCCACUUUGUAUGAUUUUUUUUUUUUUAAAUUGAACGUUGUGCUUUCUGCCGGGCACUGAACAUGAAGCGUGUCAUCCAUGAUGUUUGUUGUACUUGGCAACACUGUCACAUGUAAAUAACUAUAUAUAUAAAUAUAUAUAAAUAUCUCUUGAACAUAGACAAAUAUGUAUAGUAUAAAUGAAUAAAUAUGGGAGAAGAA